AUUCCACAUCUGGUCACUGUGAAAUCCCAAGGAAGCUCCUUGUCUGGGUCUCAGUCACUGCAUGAACAGCCUGCAAAGGGACUGGCUGGGUUUCAGGAGGCUCUGACGGUGACCUCUCACCGCACUGAGAUGCCAAGGCAGAACUCGGACCCCACCUCAGAAAACCCUCCUCUGCCCCCUCGCAUUGAAAAGUUUGACCGAAGUUCUUGGUUACGGCAGGAGGAAGACAUUCCACCAAAGGUGCCUCAACGAACCACUUCCAUAUCCCCUGCUCUGGCGAGGAAGAACUCCCCAGGCAAUGGCAGCGCCCUGGGGCCCCGGCUGGGCUCCCAGCCCAUUCGGGCAAGCAACCCAGACCUGAGGAGGACGGAGCCCAUCGUGGAGAGCCCCCUGCAGAGGACCAGCAGCGGCAGCUCCUCCAGCUCCAGCACUCCCAGCUCCCAGCCCAGCUCCCAGGGCGGCUCCCAGCCGGGCUCCCAGGCUGGCUCCAGCGAGCGCAACAGAGUCAGAGGGAAUGCCAAGCCCGAAGGGUCCCCUGUGCUCUCCCACGAACCUGCCAAGGUAAAGCAGGAAGACAACCGGGACGUGACGCGACCGAGCCGACCCGCUAGCUAUAAGAAAGCUAUAGAUGAGGAUCUGACGGCCUUAGCCAAAGAGUUGAGGGAGCUGCGCAUCGAAGAAACCAAUCGUCCCCUAAAGAAGGUGACGGACUACUCCUCCUCCAGCGAGGAGUCGGAAAGCAGCGAGGAGGAGGAGGAGGACGGGGAGAACGAGACGCAUGAUGGGACCGUGCCCGUCAGUGACAUCCCACGGCUUAUACCAACAGGAAUUCCUGGAAGCAACGAGCCGUACAACCUGGGAAUGGUGACAACCCACGGGCUAGAGACUUCCCAUGCAGAUACGUUUAGCAAUAUUUCAAGGGAAGGGACUUUAAUGGUGAGGGAGACCUCUGGUGAAAAAAAGCGUUCUGGCCACGCAGCCAGCAAUGGCUUUGCAGGUCACAUCAAUCUCCCUGACCUGGUGCAACAAAGCCACUCGCCUGCGGGCACACCGACCGAGGCCCUGGGGCGAGUCUCCACGCAUGCGCAGGACAUGGACUCGGUGCCUGAAUAUGGUAUGGGAAGUAGCACCAAAGCCUCUUUCACCCCCUUUGUGGACACCAGAGUGUAUCAGACCUCGCCUACUGACGAAGAUGAGGAUGAGGACGAAGAGUCGUCUGCUACUGCCCUGUUCACCAGCGAGCUGCUCAGGCAGGAGCAGGCCAAGCUGAACGAGGCCCGGAAGAUCUCGGUGGUGAACGUCAACCCCACCAACAUCCGUCCCCACAGUGACACCCCGGAGAUCCGAAAGUACAAGAAGCGCUUCAACUCGGAGAUACUCUGUGCUGCGUUAUGGGGUGUGAAUCUGCUGGUGGGCACAGAAAAUGGCCUGAUGCUGCUGGAUCGAAGCGGACAAGGGAAGGUCUAUAACCUGAUCAACAGACGGCGAUUUCAGCAGAUGGACGUACUCGAAGGUCUUAACGUCCUCGUGACGAUAUCAGGAAAGAAGAACAAGCUGCGCGUGUACUAUCUCUCCUGGCUGAGAAACAGGAUUUUACACAAUGACCCUGAAGUAGAGAAGAAGCAGGGCUGGAUCACGGUCGGGGACCUGGAGGGAUGCAUCCACUACAAAGUCGUGAAAUAUGAAAGAAUCAAGUUCUUGGUGAUUGCCUUAAAGAACGCUGUAGAGAUCUACGCUUGGGCUCCUAAACCAUAUCACAAGUUUAUGGCAUUCAAGUCUUUUGCAGAUCUCCAGCACAAGCCGUUACUCGUGGAUCUCACUGUAGAAGAGGGUCAGAGACUCAAGGUUAUCUUUGGAUCACACACUGGUUUCCAUGUGAUUGAUGUAGAUUCUGGGAACUCCUACGAUAUCUACAUACCAUCUCAUAUUCAGGGCAAUAUUACUCCUCACGCCAUCGUCAUCCUGCCUAAAACGGACGGGAUGGAGAUGCUUGUGUGCUAUGAGGAUGAAGGCGUGUACGUCAACACCUAUGGACGGAUAACUAAAGAUGUGGUGCUCCAGUGGGGAGAAAUGCCUACUUCCGUGGCCUACAUUCAUUCCAAUCAAAUAAUGGGCUGGGGAGAGAAAGCUAUUGAAAUCCGGUCAGUGGAGACGGGACAUUUGGAUGGAGUAUUUAUGCACAAGCGAGCUCAAAGGUUAAAGUUUCUAUGUGAAAGAAACGAUAAGGUAUUUUUUGCAUCAGUGAGAUCCGGAGGAAGCAGCCAAGUGUUUUUCAUGACCCUCAACAGAAACUCCAUGAUGAACUGGUAACGGAGGAGCACUUGGCACUCACCGCCAUGGCAUUAUUUCUGACCUAAAGGACGUUGAACACGUGGACUAACACUGUAGAGGCAGGUGCGGAGGGCGCCGAGCAACACCGCUCCCCACGCUCCCCCGGCACCGGCAGCCCCGGGGCUGCGGGCGGGGAUGGACUUUGCGCUUGGAGCCCCCGAGGUCUCCCGAUUACGCUGUGUUAUAGUGGGUUAUGAGUUUUCCUUUUUUUUUUUCUUUUUUUUUUUUAAUUUUACUUUUUCUUUGUCCCCUACUUUGUAAGAACGGGGAAAGAAAUAGUGUCAAAAAGUCUGUUUUUAAUUCUGUCUGCCUGCUAGCAUCAAAUAUAUAGUAUGUUGUAAAGUUACCAAUUAAAUCUGGUGAGAGACAGCACAAUAAAUGUACCUUUUAUCUUUGUGAUGAAGGCCAUAACCGUAUAGCUGGGUAAUUUUAGAGAUCUUUUGCCUUCACCAACAUUUACGUGUUGCUUUUGGCAGCAACGGCUUAACGGAUUUUUAAAGAAGAGAAAAAAUAAUAGGUUUUUUUCCCCUCUUUUGGGAAAUGGAUUUUAAAUGGCUAAACUACUAGCCUUAGACUAAUAAAAAUCAGCUACCAUU